AGCGCUAAGGAGUUUCAGAGGCUCUGAACUAGUUGUGUAACUUGGGAACCUGAAAACAAAAGCCAAGAAGAAAAGGAGUGGACAGAUGGACAAACAGGCUGCAGGCCAAACAGCCAGCAGGAUUCAGGGCUGCACCACGAAGCUGCUGUCCAUCUAGGGAGCGGUGCUGCUUAUGGACCCUCAGCUGGGCCUGGCCAUGGGCUCAGCACCCCAGAAGGCUGGCUAAAAUUCCAAGACUGUCCCUUCAUCCUUCACUCUCUCUCUCUGAGAAAGCAAGAACAAGUCUCGUUCCAGGAGCUUCUCAGACUUGUGCCCCAAAGAUGAGGGCUCAGGAAGACUCUGAGGACCAGACACAGGGUGCCCAGGGCUCCAUGGGAGGUUCCACCAGGGACCCGCAGAUGUCCCUGCCCACAGAGCCGAAACCGGACAUGUUGUACAAGAUUGAAGAUGUGCCACCCUGGUACCUGUGCAUCCUGCUGGGCUUCCAGCAUUACCUGACUUGCUUCAGUGGCACCAUCGCUGUGCCCUUCCUCCUGGCUGAGGCGCUGUGUGUGGGCCAUGACCAGUACAUGGUCAGUCAACUCAUCGGCACCAUCUUCACGUGUGUGGGCAUCACCACUCUCAUCCAGACCACACUGGGCAUCCGGCUGCCCCUGUUCCAGGCCAGUGCCUUUGCAUUUCUGGUUCCAGCCAAAGCCAUCCUGGCCCUGGAGAAGUGGAAAUGCCCGCCAGAAGAGGAGAUCUACGGUAACUGGAGUCUGCCUCUGAACACGUCUCAUAUCUGGCACCCACGUAUGCGAGAGAUCCAGGGUGCAGUCAUGGUGUCCAGCAUAGUGGAAGUGGUGAUUGGGCUGAUGGGGCUGCCUGGGGCCCUCCUCAGCUACAUUGGGCCCCUCACGGUCACCCCCACCAUCUCCCUCAUUGGCCUCUCCGUCUUCCAAGCUGCCGGUGACCGGGCUGGCUCCCACUGGGGCAUCUCAGCUUGCUCCAUUCUCCUGAUCGUCCUGUUCUCCCAGUAUCUGCGUAAUGUCACCUUCCUGCUGCCUGUCUACCGCUGGAGCAAGGGCCUCACUCUCUUCCGAAUCCAGAUCUUCAAGAUGUUUCCUAUUGUGCUGGCCAUUAUGACCGUGUGGCUCCUCUGCUAUGUGCUGACACUGACAGAUGUGCUGCCCUCAGAUCCAGCAGCUUAUGGCUUCCAGGCACGAACUGAUGCCCGUGGGGAUAUCAUGGCUAUUUCGCCCUGGAUCCGUAUCCCCUAUCCCUGUCAGUGGGGCUUGCCCACAGUGACAGUGGCUGCUGUCCUGGGAAUGUUCAGUGCCACACUGGCAGGCAUCAUCGAGUCCAUCGGUGAUUACUAUGCUUGCGCCCGCCUGGCGGGUGCCCCGCCCCCUCCAGUCCAUGCUAUCAAUAGGGGCAUCUUCACCGAAGGCAUCUGCUGCAUUAUCGCGGGACUGCUGGGCACGGGCAACGGGUCCACCUCGUCAAGUCCAAAUAUUGGCGUCCUAGGGAUUACCAAGGUGGGCAGUCGCCGCGUGGUGCAGUACGGUGCGGGUAUCAUGCUGGUCCUGGGCACAGUUGGCAAAUUUACCGCUCUGUUCGCCUCGCUCCCCGACCCCAUUCUGGGGGGUAUGUUCUGCACCCUCUUCGGCAUGAUUACGGCUGUGGGGUUGUCCAACCUGCAGUUCGUGGACAUGAACUCCUCCCGUAACCUUUUUGUGCUGGGAUUUCCCAUGUUCUUCGGGCUCACGUUGCCUAAUUACCUGGAUUCCAACCCUGGCGCCAUCAACACAGGUAUUCCUGAAGUGGACCAGAUUCUGACUGUGUUGCUGACCACAGAGAUGUUUGUGGGUGGUUGCCUUGCUUUCAUAUUGGACAACACAGUGCCAGGGAGCCCCGAAGAACGAGGCCUUGUUCAGUGGAAAGCUGGGGCCCAUGCCAACAGUGAGACAUCUGCCAGCUUGAAGAGUUAUGACUUCCCUAUUGGGAUGGACAAGAUAAAAAAGAUUGCCUUUCUGAAAUACAUUCCCAUUUGCCCAGUCUUCAAAGGAUUCUCUUUGAGGUUAAAAAAACAGCCUCCAGUUCAAGAAGACACUCCAGAAAUCACAGAAUCUGCACCUGUGUGCACCAAGGUCUGAAAAGUUACUUCCAAGAAAGGAAGCAUGAUAUAUAACAGGAAAA